AUGUCGGUUAUUUCUCGACCAGCGUCUUCGUUAUCACAAUACAAACCAGGGACCGGUUACGAAAGCGUGCUGCCCUGGGACGAAGAAAAUAUAAACAGACCCCAAUCCAGUUUAUCUCAGAACAGACCCAUAUCUAGGAUGUCUGUUAGACCUGGAUCAAGAAUGUCCGAUAAACCCAAUGAUCAGACUAGACCGGGAUCGAGAAUGUCUAUUCGAUCUUACGAGCAGAAUAGACCCGAAUCGAGAUCAUCAAUAAAUUCAAACGGUCAGAUAAGACCAAUAUCGAGAAACUCCAUCAAAUCUCGACCAGCGUCUUCGUUGUCACAAUACAGGCCCGAGUCAGAGUAUGAAGGCGUACUUCCCGAUGUUAAUGACAAUUCGGACAGACCUCAGUCCAAUUCAUCCAAUCGAUCGCAUAAUAAACCCACGUCUAGGAUGUCUUCUAGACCCGGAUCGAGAACGUCCGUUCAAUCUAAUGAUCAGGUUAGACCAGUUUCGAGAACGUCCAUUCAAUCCGGUGAACAAAUUAGACCUAUGUCAAGAAAGUCCGACCAGCUGGACAGUGAAACUAGACCAGGGACGAAAUUAUCUGUCCAGUCGAAUAAACAAAAUACGACGACAUCUAGAAUUUCUGUAUGCUCUAACAAGCCAAACCAAAAUUCAGUUUGCUCAGCGAAUCGACCGAAUUCUAAGCAUUCAAUAUCGAAGACAUUUGAAAACUUUGAUAUAACUUUGUGUUGUUCGUGUAAUAUUAGGAAAAAUCGUCUGGAACAAAUAAAUCUAUUAAAACCAAAUUUAUCUUCUCUAGAAAACAAAGACAAUUUUAUGAAGGGAGAUAAUCCAAUUAAUAGACUAAUAAAAAUAUCUUUUCUUUUAAAGGAAAACAUGAGUAAACGAAAUAAUUUACAAAAAGAAAUAGCCAAGUUUAAUUAUAUUAGUGCACAAGAACUAGAGAAUAAAAUUAUCAAUGAAAAAACCAAAGUUCGCAAUGAAAAAAAUUGUGAAAAUGGUCUAUUUAACAAUAGACCUUCGAGUAAUCGGAGUGAAAAAAUAACGAAUUUCAAACAUUCAUUGUUAGAUCAAAUAAAUCAUAAUAAUGCUAAAAAAGAAAAUGACAAGAUAGUGUCUUUAAAAAAUGAAAAGUUGAUACAAAAAGAAUUAUUAAAAAGUUUACAUGACGAGAGAAUUAAAAAUAUAGAAGCAAAAAUUAGGUCAAAAAAAAAUUUCUGCAUCAUUCUUGAUGAAUGCGCGAAAAAAAAAAAGAAAAUCAAUAAUGAGAUUACUAGUGACUUUAAUAGAGAACCGGCAUUUAAUGCCAUAAUGAGCAAUAAUGAAGAUCAACGUCAGAGCGAUGCUAAAUUAAAGAAACACAAACUAGCUGAAUACCAUUUAAAGCAACAAACCGCACGCAAUAUGGUAAAUCAGAAACAAAAGGAAGGAAAUAUUGAUUUUGAAAGAAACUUAUUGAAUAAGCUCAGAGAAGAGGACGACAUAUUACGGAAAAACAUGUUGCAAAAAAAGUUGUGCCGAAAGAAACUCUUAGCCGAAGAUUUGAACAAAUUAUUAACCAUGGAAGAAAACGAACGUCGUAAAAAUGAAAUACCCGGUGCUUAUCCUAUGAAAUUUCCAUUGAACAAAAUAGGAGAACGAUGUCGACUAUGCAAGAAGAACAGACCAGGAUUUCUAGUGGAAAAAAAUCACCGAUUUACCUUGUUGAAAUAA